GAUAAAUAAAUAAACAAUAAAAUGAACUGUUUUCUCUACGAAUUCAAAGCACACACAACUCGUCUCAAAGCAGUCAAACUAUAUAAAGAGCCACUAAAAAGCCGGUAAACAGUAGUCGGUGAAGUAGUCUAAACCGUAACACAAGCUCUUAACUCCAGCACAAAAUAAAAUAUGGUAAAAUUGUGGAUUUUAACAGUCUUGGCUGUAGUGGCUUGCGCACAGAUCGCCAAUGCUCGUGAUGUAGCUGAAGCUUUGAAUGUCAACAUUCGCGAACAAUUGAGCUUGUACGCCAAAUUCCAAAAGGAAGCCGACAGUGCCAAAUACACCGAUGAACUUAAGAAAUUGGUUACCUUGACCGAAGAGGCUUUGAAAAUUGAAUCCGCCGAUGAGAAGAACAAAAUCAUCACCACCGCCCCCAGCCACUUCUCAGCCGAAUUCAACACCUGGAUUGGCGCUAAACUCGAAGAAGCUCAAGUCCAUGAUGACAUUCAUGAUGCCAUUGAAUUCUACAACUCUCUCUUGACCACCCAUGCCGAACAUGAGGCUGAAAUCAAAAAGACCAUUAGCACUUUGGAAAACCUCUUGAAGGAGUCCGACUUGAAGCAAAAGGAAGAGAAAUUCUUGGAUUUGGAAAAAUCCUUCUCACCCGAAUUCCAAAAGUUCCUUAAGGAGAAUGCCUUGCCCACUGUAAACCGUCAAUUGCAAAAGACCGCUGAGUUCUUUGAAAACUUGUUGCACGACAAGGACAUCAAGUUCGCCAAAGAAAUCGAAGCUCUGAAACUUAAGACUGAAGCUGCUUUGGAAAGCAACGUUUCCAUUGAUGACAAGAACAAAGUAUUACAGGAAGUUACCUACUCCAGCAACGAAGACUUGAAUGAAUUCUUGCAAAAGAAAAACAUUGAAUAUUCAUAAGUAUUCAUUUGAUUCGGUCUCUGGAGAAAGCGAGUUAUUAAUUUAUUUGUAUUGUAUGAGAGAUUAAUUUAAAUAAAAAAAAAAACAAGAAAAUUUAAAAACAAA